UUCCCGGUUAUGGGCAGUGUUUCAGCCAGGCCUGAAAGGGCAAUAGAAGAACUUGUGGAAGGCCAAGAGUAUGCCAACCAGCUUCAGAUUCUUUUCCGCAACCCCUCAUCCUCUCAAGGAACUGCCCAUCUCUCAUCGGCACUUAUCGACAAGAUCUUGAGAUCUUUCGACCAAGCACUUGCUGUGCUGAGUUCUGUUGAAUCUGCUGAGGUUUCUCUGUCCCAUACAGCUUCUAAUGAAGAUUCUUCUAUCAACAGCAGCAGCAGACCACCUGCCACUAAGGGCAAGAGAGGAUGUUACAAGAGAAAGAGGAGUGCAGAUGCAUGGACGGUUGUUUCUGCUACAAUGGAAGAUGGUCAUGCUUGGAGGAAAUAUGGACAAAAAGAGAUCCUCAGUUCUAAACACCCAAGGAGUUACUUCAGAUGCACUCGCAAGUACGAUCAAGGCUGUGGAGCUAUCAAACAAGUCCAAAGAAUGGAAGACGGUUCCCAAAUGUAUCGGACCACUUACAUCGGUACCCACACCUGCACCAACCACGCAUUCAAUGCUCCUCCCCUAAUCAUCACAAAUUCUGAAAGUUGGGAAACUGGCACCGUCGAUAACGGUGACUCGGAAAUUCUGAUCAAACACCACGAUCAGCGAUCUGAUCCGACUCCGAAGAGUGUAGCAAUAAGGCAGGAAACAAAGGAAGAGACGUCGACUGAUGUUACGGAGUUGGAUUGUAUGAUGUGGAAGGAUUUGAUGGGUGAUGGGUUUGAGUACUGCUCGGAGCCUGGUGAGAUGGUGUGUAACGUGUAUCCAGCAUGCGCAGAAAUGAGUUGUCCAAAUUUCGAAUUGGAAUUUGGGAUUAAGCCUAUGAAGUUUGAGAAUGACUUUGAAUUUGAUGAUAGUGAUGAGUGUGAACUGUAAAUGACUUUCUUAUUCCAUGUAAUAUGAUGAUGUGUAAUUACA